CCCGAUUUCUUCGACUGGAAAUAUUCCAGUGCUACAUGAUGUUUCAAAAACUACGAUAUUUUUUCAAGCGGCCAUCUGAAUCUUUUCAGAUUCUCUCUGAUCUUCAUCUUGAGGUUGGCCAACAGUACUCAUCCUACGAAAUUCCAGUUAAUGCCAAAUACCUCAUCCUCGCAGGUGAUAUCGGGCGAUUGGCGGACUAUAACGACUAUCUUAACUUCCUACAAAAACAAACAUCUAGAUUUGAAUUAGUAUUUCUCGUUCUCGGCAAUCACGAAUUCUACGCUGGAUCCUUCACGACAGGACUAGAGAAAGCUAAACAACUUCAACAAGAGCCUUCUCUGAACGGACGCCUGGUACUACUCCAUCGGGAGCGGUAUGAUGUGCCAGGCUCUUAUAUCACUAUACUAGGUUGCACACUUUGGUCCAAAGUGCCCAUUGAGGCAAGAGAAGUCGUCCAAGCGAAGAUCAAGGAUUUCCAGAAAAUCGACGGCUGGACGGUCGAUGACCAUAAUGCAACUCAUGAUUCGGAACUGGCAUGGCUAUUGAAAGAGAUACGAUCGAUACAUCAAGAGAAUGAAGCUGCGAGAGCGCAGACUCCAAGACGAACUAUUCUGGUCGUGACGCAUCAUGCUCCUUCGCUUAGGGGAACGUCGAGUCCUGAAAACGCGCAGAAUGCUUGGAGAUUCGCUUUUGGGACUGACGUUCUGUCGGAAAUGGUGAAUGAUGUCAAAGUCUGGGUGUUUGGACACACUCACUAUAGCACUGAUUUUAAAGAAGGGGGUAUAAGGAUUGUUAGCAAUCAACGGGGAUAUGCGCUGCCUUGGAAAAGCACAGAGGAUAGAUUCGAUGUGGGGAAGGUCAUACGAGUUUCGUGAGAAAGGUUCAGAUAUAGGCUCGAUGUUAACCAGAGUUAUGUACAUGUGUGCUGAGGUUCUGGUCGCCAGUUAAUCAACAGUCUACGUAGACGGAGUCGAUCUGUAAAGCAUCAUAUCUCUUUCUCUUGUCGAAUUUCUGCCGUCGAACAUUGUAUUAGUGAUUGAUGCUUUUCAUUUAUGACUUCUUCAAAGUUAAAUAAACAAUCCAGUUCUUCUAUACGAUAUAAAUAUGUAUGUACUAUAAAACAUCCCGUUGCAUGACCACGGUUGAUCGCCAUCAUACCGACGUCAC